CGGGAAACACCUUCGAUCUGAGUUGGAGUUUUCCGCCAUAGCUACCUACCACUUUGCUAUACGAAAACAAACGAUUAGGGCUGUUGCACAGGGUCUUAUCAGGGCAACCCGAUAAAGUUGAGCGCUAGAAAAAUGGUCGGUUAUACAUGUUUGUGGAGUAGUAGUAGUAGUCGGGGUCGGUUGGGGGAUCGUCCAAUUGGCUCAAAGUGCGCAACACCGCCAGCGUUUAAAGUGCAGACCGGACUAAUCAUUCAUUUAUAGGCAAACUUUAUUGAACAUUUCGAUAAAAUAAAAAACAAGCGACCACCAACCCGCUUGUUUUCUUUGAUUCACCCAUGGCCAACAACUACAACCUGUAAUAAUACUACAUAAUUAAACAAGGCGUAAUCUUAUCGACGCUUGCUUGGACUCCGUUGGCUUUAUUUUUUUAUGUGCGAUGCCGGCGGAAGUCUUGGACGGCAGUUGGCGAAACAGCAGCAAUCCGGACGGAAGCGAAGCACCAACAUGCGAUCUACAGAUCUCAUAUCCGUAACGGAUAUGAGUUUCCCGCAAGAGGAUCAGAGUAAUUAUGGCGUUUGCCUCGAGGAUUUGCAACUGUUUGCCCAACUGGAAGAUCUAUCCGGAGAAAGAGGGCCAAUGGAUAUGGGUUCCGAGUGUGAUCUUUUGGAACUUGUGAAUGGGGCUCUCCAGCAGCAGAACACCAUCACCGCAGAACAGAAACCACUGGAUAUAUGUAAGCCCAAGCGGGCUCCACCCGCUAGACGAAACCAGAAAGCUGGAAAGGAUCACACCUGCGACGUAUGCGGCAGACGCUUCUCGGAGGCCUACAAUCUGCGCAUCCACAAGAUGACCCACACGGACGAGAAACCGCAUGUUUGCGAGGACUGCGGCAAGGGAUUUCGGCAGCUGAACAAGCUUCGCAUCCAUGCGGUAACCCAUACGGCGGAACGGCCACACAAGUGCGACAUUUGUGGCAAGGGAUUUCGGUACGCCAAUUACCUGGCUGUCCAUCGACGACUCCACACCGGCGAGAAACCGUAUCCAUGUUUGGUCACAGACUGUCAUCUCUCCUUCCACUCCAUCCAUGCCCGUCGCAUCCACACGAAGCUGAGGCAUGCGGCGCAAAUGGAUCCGGAGCAAACGCUGGCGGAGCAGGAGCAGCGGGAGUCGUCCGUGCUCAGUUUCACCUGCCCGGUUUGCGGCCGGGUCCUCACGGAUCAGUGCUACCUGAGCAUCCAUCUGAAGAGGCACUACAACCAGCGGGACUUUGCGUGUCCGCAUCCGCAGUGCGAAAAGAAAUUCUUCAGCUCCUCGGAGCUGAAGCACCACCAGAUCUCCCACUCCCAACUGCGUCCGUUCGCCUGCCCACUCUGUCCAGCUCGAUUCCUGCGCAAAUCCAACCACAAACAGCACCUCAAGGUGCACGAACGCUGACGGAAAGCUGGUUGUACACAGUGCAGCAGUUUCAUUAGUUUGCUGUCCAACUUUGACAUAAACUUUUGAUUCUCUUUUUAUCAAAGAGUACUUGUUUGUUAGGGAAAGGCUUGCAAAUUUCUAUAUUUUGCUCUGUUUGAAAGAGCAUUAACAAAUUUAAUGAUACAAUUUCUAGUAUUGUUAGCAUAAAAAUCAUAAGCUAGCAUGAAAGUGCAAGCGCAAGCCUUUCCACUACCUACUCAAAUCCAAUCCAUGAAAUCUGAGAUACGCCCUACCCAAACCUCAUUGUAAUUGUGCUUGGGCUGGGCCUUCCAUUCAAUAUAAGUGUUUAUUAAUAUA